UCUUAGAGAAACUGCGGUGGCCAUCUUCCUUUCUAGAGAAUCGCGUUCGCACUGAAGACGUGUUUGAAACAUUUUAAAGUGUUUGAGCAGCUCCGUCAAAAUGUCAGGUACAACUGCCACAAUUCGCACGCGCAAGUUCAUGACGAACCGCCUGCUUGCCAGGAAACAAAUGGUGUGUGAUGUGUUGCACCCCGGACUAUCGUCGGUCAACAAGACCGAGAUCCGCGAGAAACUCGCAGCUAUGUACAAGGUGACACCGGACGUCGUCUUUGUUUUUGGCUUCCGAACCAACUUCGGUGGCGGCCGCUCCACGGGCUUCGCGCUUAUCUACGACACACUAGAUUUCGCCAAGAAGUUUGAGCCCAAGCAUCGUCUAGCCCGUCACGGACUCUUCGAACAGAAGAAACAGACUCGCAAGCAGCGCAAGGAACGCCGCAACAGAAUGAAGAAGGUCCGUGGUACUGCCAAGGCCAAAAUUGGUACCGGCAAGAAGUAAAUGGGUUGACCACUGUGUGUGUGUGUUGCUGCUGUUGGUACACUCGGUUGUGAGCGGCGCGCACCUAUAUUUCCAAAAGCUGCUGGUUAAGCGUUUUCACUUUUUUUACCAACAAGAACGACAACAUUAACGGUGUUUACUUUUGGAGCGGCUUCUGUUUAUAUGCUAAGUAAAUAAAACUCUAAAAGUAAAUCUA